UUCCCUGCCCCUCCCCCUUCCCGGAGCCCCGAGGGGCCGGAGCUCCUGGCGGUGCCGGAUCCAGACGGUGGCUUUCCCCCGGGUCUGUCUGCCAAAAUGUCUGAAAGAUCAGAUCUCCUUCACUUCAAGUUUGAAAAUUAUGGAGAUUCAAUGUUACAAAAAAUGAACAAAUUAAGAGAAGAGAAUAAAUUUUGUGAUGUUACAGUUCUCAUAGAUGAUAUUGAGGUACAGGGGCAUAAAAUUGUGUUUGCUGCAGGUUCCCCCUUCCUAAGAGACCAGUUUUUACUGAAUGAUUCCAGAGAGGUGAAAAUCUCCAUAUUGCAGAGUUCCGAAGUGGGGAGACAAUUGCUCUUAUCCUGUUAUAGUGGUGUGCUGGAAUUCCCUGAGAUGGAACUGGUCAAUUACUUGACUGCGGCAAGUUUUCUUCAGAUGAGCCACAUUGUAGAGCGGUGCACGCAGGCCUUGUGGAAGUUUAUAAAGCCAAAACAACCAAUGGAUAGUAAAGAGGGAUGUGAACCGCAGAGUGCUUCUCCCCAGUCAAAAGAACAGCAGGGAGAUGCCAGAGGCUCCCCAAAGCAGGAUUCACCUUGUGUUCAUCCAUCUGAAGACAGUAUGGAUAUGGAGGACAGUGAUAUUCAGAUUGUUAAGGUAGAAUCUAUUGGGGAUGUAUCCGAGGUUAGAAGUAAAAAAGAUCAGAACCAGUUUAUUUCUUCUGAACCCACUGCUUUACAUUCAUCAGAGCCCCAGCAUUCCCUGAUAAAUUCAACUGUGGAAAACAGAGUAAGUGAAAUAGAACAAAACCAUCUCCACAAUUAUGCCCUUUCUUACACAGGCAGUGAUAAUAUCAUCAUGGCCUCAAAAGAUGUCUUUGGGCCUAAUAUUCGAGGUGUAGACAAAGGCCUACAGUGGCAUCACCAGUGUCCAAAGUGUACCAGGGUGUUUCGUCACCUGGAGAACUACGCCAACCAUUUAAAAAUGCACAAACUCUUUAUGUGUCUACUCUGCGGCAAGACUUUUACUCAGAAAGGCAACCUUCAUCGACACAUGCGUGUGCAUGCCGGCAUUAAACCUUUCCAGUGUAAGAUCUGUGGGAAAACCUUUUCUCAGAAGUGUUCCUUACAGGAUCAUCUUAACCUUCACAGUGGAGAUAAGCCCCAUAAGUGUAACUAUUGUGACAUGGUUUUUGCACAUAAGCCAGUUUUGAGGAAACAUCUUAAACAGCUGCAUGGCAAAAACAGCUUUGAUAAUGCCAAUGAAAGAAAUGUGCAAGACCUCACAGUGGAUUUUGAUUCUUUUGCAUGUACAACAGUCACAGACUCUAAAGGGUGUCAGCCACAGCCUGAUGCAACACAGGUCCUGGAUGCAGGUAAACUGGCCCAAGCUGUCCUGAACUUGAGAAAUGAUAGUGCGUGUGUGAAUUGAUUAGGGGCUUUAUGCUCACAACUUAGAAUGGACUGAAAAUGUGGCAAUAGUCUUGAGUCUUUUUAGGAGUGAUUUUGAUAGUCUGACUUCUCCAAAUCCUCUGUGCGGGUUGUAGGGGUGAGUCAAAGCACUAACAGACCAGGCAACUUACCACUUGGAGUGGUCUUGCCUUCCUUUUGCCCUCUUCCAUUUUGUGUUUUGAAUUAUUUAUCCCGUGUUGCCUGUUCUCCUUUCCCAAGGAGUAUUCCAUUUGUCUACCUAACAUUGACUUUUGUCUUAGACUGACACUAUUUUAGGCUUUUCACUGGGCACAUUCUGAAGGUACCGAUAAGUUAAUAACAUCACCUACAGUCCACUAAUAGAUGCUAUGCUAAGAGAAGUGAGUAGUAUUUUUCUUUGGCCGAAAAAAAUAGGCUGAGGUACAAGGUGAUACUGCUCUUGGCCUGAAUAUGUGAUAGAACUUCUGGUUGCCUACUGUUAAUUGCCUACUGAUAAUGAAUCUGCCUCCUACCAUUUGUACUUGUCUUGCAACUGGCUAUGAAGUGUUUUGGGUUGUUCUCUUUUCUUAAAUGGUAUUAUGGCCCAACUUCAUGUCACUGAGUGGUUCACAUAGACCAGAGUACAGUCUUUUCAGCAACACCUACAGACCAGUAGUUAGGGAUCAGCAUGAGGAGCAUAAUUAACAAAGGACAGAAGUACAAUUGUAUAAUAGCACUUACAUAGGUGGUCUUCCCAGAAAGAAGCCAAAUGCUUAUAAUUAAUGUAUAAUUUACUUGUGGAUGCUUUUGAAGUCAGGAUUGCUCCAGGCACACUUAAAAUGUGCUCAAGUAUAAUGGUCUCUCUAAAAAGGGGCUAUUUGGGGGUCCGUCUCCGGACUUUGUUUUAGAGGGCUAACCAUCAGAAAGGGGAGUUUGGCCUUCACAGUUUUAUCUGGUGUAAUCUCUGAAUUCUCAUUUCUUCCUGUACACUAGUUUCCAAAUGGAUGAAAAAAGUGGAUCACAGAGGAGCAAUCAGGUUUUUGCAUUCAGAUAUUCCUAUAAAGGUACACAGUCCCACCUUGCCAUGUUUGAUAGAUCACUAAUACAAAAUUGAUCUUCCAAUAUGGAAAAACACCAUUUUUUUCCCCAAAACACAACUGUGUUUUUCCUAAAGCACAUGUUAUAGUUCAGAAAUAAAAUUUUGAGUCUUAGUAGCUUUUGGCUCAUCAGUUAGAUUUAGGUAAUAGGAGUCUUAGAGUACUUAGAGAAUCUUAAGAAAUCAUAUACUCCGCCUCUUUUUUUUUAAGUUGGGGUAUCCAAAGCUCAAAGAGGUGGCCUGGCCAAGGUUGGCCGAAGUAGAGAAGUGACUAAGAAUGAGCUAAUGUCUUCUUAUUUCUCACUAGCUCUUGGCUUAAAAAGAUACAGUACAUGAUCAAGAGUAUAUUAGCAAAAAGCUCCCAGUUUGUGCUUCACUUUUGGGAAUCCCUGUUGGCUUUUUGAGACAGCCUGGAAUUUGCAAACAAAACAUCACAGGAAGGAUGUGGGGUUUUUUUGUUUUUUGUUUUGGGGGGAGUUAGAGUCAGUAUUACAUUCUUCUCAAGAAAUUGACUGACUUGGUAGGUGGUGGUCAAGGAGGGAAAGGACAAGUAAGAAUAAUGUGAGAAGGAUCAAAAUGUGAAACUGAUUUUUGUCUGGAAGCAGUGUUUAUUUAGUUUCCAUCAGGAUUUUCUGUUCUUAUUUUUGAGCUAUGAGAAUGCAUGUACAGAUAAACCAAAACUGAAGUUUAACUUGAAUAGUCACAGGGAAUUCUUCAAGUUGUUAUAAUUUAAUGCAUUUACAUGUGAAUCUGAUUUGAGUUACAAUUUCAACCUUUUGUUAAAACACUUAAAAUGAGAAUAAAAUUGAGUGAUAAGACCAAUAGGUAUCUUAUGCCUAAGGUCACUCAUUUUUAUGGUCUAAUGAUGCUACCUAGCAUUUUGAUUUUUAUAUGAUCCAGCCAAAGAGUACCAAGUCUAUGCAACGAUGAGACAUUAAUAUGUUAGCCGAUGUUUUUCUGAACAUCAUUUCACCAUAGGGAAAUUUCAAGUUGGAGUGCUUUCUUUGCUUACAUUCAUAUCCCGUUUUUGUUACUGGUUUGAAAACUAAAAGACAUGGGUUCAAGUAAGAUUGGUCUCUUUGGUUGGAGACGAUUUCUGGGUUCAUUCAGUAGUUGAGAAGCAUUUAUUGGGCACAUUUGUUGCCAGGCACUAUGCUAGAUACUGAGGAUAUGAAGGUAAGAUUGCUAACGGUCUCUGCCAUCACAGAGCUUAUGGUCUCAAACGGUCUUGUGUGGUCUUAGAUAAGGUGAUUUAAACUAGGAAUAAUAAAGAAAAUGCCUUGCUUCCUUUGAUUACUUAAAAUCAGCAUCUUGAUGGUUUUUUAUAAGUAAAAAUUCUAAUUCCCACCUUUUGCAGCUGCAAACCACUAAAGUGAUUUACAGUCUCCUCCAUUUCUUGGCUGGAGAGGUGUUCUGUUUCUGUGAGACAUUUCCUUAAUUUUGGAGGGACUUGACUUUUCUCCUUUGUUUAUACAUGUUAUAGAUUGUAUUGCAAAGUGGUCAAGUUAACUGAUAUCAAAUACAUUUUAUAAGGGAAGAUGAUUUUCAAAACUAGUCCUAUUCUUAUAGAGGAGGAAGAUUUUUUAAACCUUAAGUCAUUCUGCAUUUGUAUUUUAUGGAUCCCUAGGCUAACUAAAAAGAACUCUCUUUACCAUAGUUUGGUUUUUAAAAAAUUACUGUGUGUCACCGUUAUUUAUUUAUUAUUUAAUUUUAAAGACAAACUCCAAACUGAAGUGGCUCUGAGGUAAAUCAGAUGUGGUUUUGUUUUAGUUUCUUUAUUAGAAGAUCUAUAAAUGGAGGGUGACCAAUGUCACCACUUCUAAAAUAUUGUCCUAAACAAACCAGAAUAUUUUAUUUCAGCUGGUGAAUAGCUGUUCUAAAUCUGUUGUAUGUUAGACAUACUAUGAACUACCUCUUCACUUAUUAUGGGGAAGUUUCCUUAAUAAAAGUGUGACAAUUAAA